GCUUUAUCCUAUGCAAUAUGCUCGGUUGGUUCACAUCGUUCCGCGAGCAUGGAGCGCCCACAUUUUACGGGGAAAACCGCACACCGGUUACAAUUGAUACUCAUAUUGUGGGCCUAGUUUCGAUCUUCUUGGUACCUGCAGUCACAUUUCUUAUAAUUCUACCCGGUGUUCGCAAGCAUCGUCUCUCAUCCACAUUUUCAUUUUUAUUCAAUAUGUACGUUGGAGCAACAUUGUUAGUUUCCCUGUAUCAUCCGUGCUGGCACCGUGCAGAAACGCCAAUAUCUACGUCGUACAAGGCGUUUUCAAAUGCUAAGAUGGAUGCAUACAUACGCGUACGCGUUGGACUACAGUACCUGAACAUUACGUUGAGCACGGGUGCCAUUCACGGAGACGAUAAUGUGGUGUUACAAGAGGGUAUACUCUACAACGAACGGUUCAGCUUCUCAGAAGUGAAUAAAAUGGAGAAGGAGUUAUCAAAUGCACUUACUAAAGGGCUGCCCUUUCCUAUACUGAAGGUAAUCGAAUAUCUUUCCGAUGACGUCUUCAGCUGGGGUAGACAAUAUAGAGUUGCCGGAUACUACACCGCCUGCAUGAUGUGGUUGGCUUUCUACACUUGGAUUGUAUCAUUCGUAUGUCUCUCAUUCCUGCCACACUACUUCGCUAGAUGUGUUUUCUAUACCGGAAUGUUCAUGGGAAUAGGUGACAUUAUAUUCAUUCUGAAUAUACCUCGACGUAUGGAUAUUCGAUUUCCAACCCAAGACGGUGAUACUCUUCUGAAGUUUCGACUUUCAAUAUGUUUUCAAGCGACUUGCGUAGCAGCUGCGCUGUGUAUACUCAUUGGAGGUCUACUCUGGAUUCUUCACCGUAAAGACAUCUACCAUUUCGAUACAAUUUUCUCAGCACGUCGCCACGCUGAGGGAAGCGUUGUUGACGUCUAUCGUGACGACGACAGUAUAACGACAAUAACUAUAAGCGAUCGUAGUUAUGACUCUUCAAAUAAGCGUGUCUCUCUCACUCAGUCAAUUCAAUCAACCGCCCCCACUACUGCAUCUGCUUUUUCUAGUAUCUACUUUUACCCUGAACCUUAUUCCGAAACAGUAAGACUCUAACAGUCGGCUUUUUUUUUUUCGAAUUUGCUUUAAUUCAUUCCACAAAAUGCUUCCCGAAUCGUCGGAAUCAAGGCAGAGAUCCAAAAUGUGCUAGAGGCGAAAAACGUACAGACAUAUUAGCGACUGUUAAACAUGAAUGAUACGUCCCACUAUGAUAAUUA